AUGGGGAGGAGUCUGCCUACAGAACAGAGCCAACAAUGCAAAUUAUUCCCGGGAUCUAUGUCCCUACCUGUGCUGGAGAAAAAGGGGGACAUCAUUUUGGGGGGACUCUUCUCCCUUCAUGACAUGGUGGUAGAACCCAGUCUGUCCUUCACCUUUACGCCUCCUCCUGCACAGUGCACCAGAUUUAACUUUCGGACGUUCCGUUGGAUGCAAACUAUGAUCUUUGCCAUUGAGGAGAUCAACAGAGAUGGAAAACUCCUUCCCAGCAUCACACUGGGCUAUAAGAUCUAUGAUUCAUGCAGUACACCCCAUCAGGCUUUGAAGGCUGCCAUGGAGUUAGUGGGGACUGAGAAGGGUUCAGGGGUUGAAGAGACACGGAGUAAAGACACCUGUCCUGGGCCCGUACCAGCAGUGAUAGGAGACGGUGGCUCUACUCAGUCUCUUGUUGUGGCCCGUUUCCUUGGAGCCUUCCAUCUGCCACAGGUUAGUUAUUUCUCCAGCUGUGCCUGUCUCAGUAACAAAAAGGAGUUUCCUGCCUUUUUAAGGACCAUGCCCAGCGACUUCUUUCAGGUAGAUGCAUUAGUACAACUUGUCAAGCAUUUUGGCUGGACUUGGGUGGGUGUGAUAGCAGGGGAUGAUGCCUAUGGCCGUGAUGGGGCAAGCAUCUUUGCUGAUGAGGUUAGAAAGCUGGGUGCAUGUGUUGCCUUUCAGGAGGUCAUCCCUAGGAACCGAGCUCAGACCACCCUUUCAUCUAUCGCUUCCAAGAUACGCUCCUCUGGGGCUCGGGUGAUUCUAGUGUUUGCUGUGGAGCAAGAUGCAGCCGCGUUGUUUGAUGAAGCUCUAAGAGAGGGGCUCACUGAGAUACAGUGGCUUGCCAGCGAGGCUUGGAGCACAGCUGCCAUCCUCUCCACCCCUAAAAGGUACCACCAUAUCCUCCGGGGUUCUAUGGGAUUUGCAAUUCGGCGAGCACAUAUCCCUGGAUUGAAAGACUUUCUGCUUCGUUUGCAUCCCUCAAGCGCCGAUGCCCUUGCAAAUCCCUUCCUGAUACCCUUCUGGGAAGAGGUGUUUCAAUGCAGCCUGGGUGUGCAGGCUGAAGGUCAGGAACAUAAUGAUGUGGGUAAACCUCCAUGCUCUGGAAGAGAAAAGCUGGGUAAUGUGACAAAUAUCUUUUCAGAUGUGUCACAGCUAAGGAUUUCCUACAAUGUUUAUAAGGCUGUGUAUGCCAUUGCCAAUGCACUCAAGGAUAUGAGAAGCUGUGUAGAAGGAAAAGGGCCAUUUCCUCAGCAGGCCUGUCCAGAUGCAGACAAUAUACAGCCAUGGCAGCUUCUUCAUUACAUAAAACAUGUUAAAUACGUGAACUUCGUUGGUGAUGAAACCAAGUUUGAUGAGAAUGGUGACUUUCCAGCAAUGUAUGACCUUGUAAACUGGCAGCUGAGAGAUGGAGAAAUGGAGUUUGUCACUAUCGGCAAAUUUGAUGAGAUAACCACCGUUGGAAGGAAAAAACUCCAGAUCAAGGAACAUAUCAUCAUAUGGAAUGGCAACCAAACUAAAAUUCCCUUGUCAGUGUGCAGCAGCAUUUGUCCCCCAGGUACCCGGAAGGCAAUCAGACCUAACUUUCCUAUCUGCUGCCAUGAUUGUGUGCUUUGCACAGCUGGGGAGAUUAGCAAUCACACUGAUGCAAUAGAGUGUGUGCACUGCCUGCCAGAGUUCUGGUCCAAUGCUGAGAGGACAGCUUGUAUUCCUAAACAGGUUGAGUUCCUCUCCUUUAGCGACAACAUGGGCAUUACCCUGAUGGCAAUUUCCCUCACUGGCUCCUUCUGCACCUGUGUCGUGGCCUUAAUAUUCUCCUUCUACAGAAUUACCCCUAUUGUGAGGGCCAACAACUCUGAGCUGAGCUUCCUACUGCUCUUCUCCUUGACUCUGUGUUUCCUGUGCUCUCUGACGUUUAUUGGCCGGCCCUCUGAGUGGUCCUGCAUGCUGCGACACACAGCAUUCGGCAUCACCUUUGUUCUCUGUAUCUCUUGUAUUCUGGGGAAAACUAUAGUGGUGUUAAUGGCCUUCAAAUCUACACUUCCAGGUAGUAAUGUUAUGAAAUGGUUUGGGCCUGCGCAGCAAAAGGCAAUCAUUACCUUUUGUACACUUGUCCAGGUAAUUAUCUGUACAGUGUGGCUGGUUGUUGCCCCCCCCACUCCACGCCAAAUGAUGCCACGUGAGAGCGUUCUUGUCAUUCUUUUGUGUGACGAAGGUUCAGCAAUAGCAUUUGCUCUCGUCCUGGGCUACAUUGGCCUGCUGGCCUGCCUCUGCCUUCUCUUGGCCUUCCUGGCGAGGAAACUCCCGGGCAACUUCAACGAGGCCAGACUCAUCACCUUCAGCAUGCUCAUCUUUUGUGCAGUGUGGAUAGCCUUUGUUCCGGCCUACAUCAGCUCUCCGGGGAAGUACUCCACAGUUACGGAGGUGUUUGCUAUCUUGGCCUCCAGUUACGGACUACUGGGCUGCAUCUUUGCACCAAAGUGCUACAUAAUCCUAUUAAGGCCAGAGAGGAACACAUGGAAACACAUCAUGUCGAAAGCUGCCACUGAUGAAUUUUAA